UAAAUAUUUAAUUAAAUUCAAAGCUUGUCUCAAUUAAUUAAUGCACCAUAUCGUUUAAAUGAUAUAUUCGAGCUAUCUGGUUUAAUAUUAGCAUUGUGUCGUGUAAUGUGCAAAGAUUUUACUUGGACAAUUCCAAAAGCCUAAUCACGUGUAUAGUGUAAGUGAAAGAAAAUGUUUUAUAUACAGAGGCCCAGAUUUACAAUGCAUAAAAAAUAUAUAUGUUGGAACAGGAUCUAGUUGCUUCAAAUUUACAAAAUGUUCUGCGUAGAGAGGUUUCGUACGUCAUUUCAUAUGACAUUAGUCACAACGAACAAGUGAACAAUAUAAAGCUCAAUUUGACAGUGUUAGUUUUAUUUCCAGCUUCUGGUUAUGGAUGUUUUUACUAUCUCAGAUUCCUCAGAUAACGAAAGUUGCAAUUCUAAUAAGAGCUUUGAAUUGCCAAUUAUAGUCCAUGUAGAAAGUACUUCAAAAAAUGAAAAUGCUGAUUAUCAAAAAAAUGGAAUUAUAAAAAAGAUAGGUGAUUGUACCCUUACUUUAAGGAAACAUCGAACAUCUGAUGUCAUUGAAAUCAUUGAAGAUAGUGAUGAUGAAAAAACAAACCACCAGAAUGUUAGCUGUUCAGUUAAUGCAAGAGUUCCAUUAUUGUCUUUAAAAAGCAAUAAUGAUAUUCAAACAACAAAAAUUAAUAUAUCUGUAACACCAAACAUUAGAAAAUCAAAUAAUUUGGUAAUUGGAAAUAGUAAAAUCACUGAUAAGAAACAUAUUACACCAAAAAAAUUAGAAGAAAACAUCAUAUCGUUGAUAGAAGAUUCAGACAGCGAUACAGAACCAAUUUCAAGUAAAAAACCCAAGUUAGAACUUAAGAGUAAAUUUAAGGAAGAGAGAACUUUGCCUUUGAUAGCAUCCGUCAAGGAUAAACCUGAAGAAUCAACAAAUCAUGUAGAUAAAAUUAAAAAAAUAAAUGAAGUAUCAACAAUUAAUUCUGUGGUAAAGGUAAAGACAGAAACAAUCAAGGAAAAUGCAGAUUUACGAACUGAAAAAUCAAAUAGUAUUAAUGAGGCUGCAAUUCACAGAAAUGAUGAAGCUUUUAAAAACUUUCUACAAGCAUGUAAAGAAGUUGAAAAUAGUGAUCGAAUGAAUUUAAUAAUUGAGAAAAUUCAAAAGUACCAUAAUAAUGCUCACUCAGAUUACAUUAAAUCGAAUUCAUUUUAUGAUUUAAUUCAACGAUCUAUAGAAUCAAUAAUAAACAGUAAAAAUUAUUAUUUGUAUAUAAAAGAUUUUAUAGAAGAAUUACGGGCCAGAAAAGUGACGUAA